AAAGAGGAAAUGAUGGACAAUAGGACCAAUUCUAAUCUGCGAGACAAACUUCCUGUCUUCUCUGAUUCUGCUCACUUGCCACUGACCAGGUCCUUCUAUCUGGACCCCAUGGUCACUUUCCACCUGUACCCAGAGGCCCCUGUGCCAUCCCCUUACUCUGAAGAGCUGCCAUUGCUGCCUUUUCCCAGUGACUCCCUGAUCAUGGACAAUUACGGCGAACCCUGCCCCAUCUCUUUCCCAAUACCUUAUCCAAAUUACAGAAGAUGUGAAUACUCCUACGGCCCGGCCUUUAUCCGGAAAAGGAAUGAGCGGGAAAGGCAGAGGGUAAAGUGUGUCAACGAAGGCUAUGCCCAGCUCCGACAUCAUCUGCCAGAGGAGUAUUUGGAGAAACGACUCAGCAAAGUGGAAACCCUUAGAGCUGCAAUCAAGUACAUCAACUACCUGCAGUCUCUUCUGUACCCUGAUAAAGCUGAGACCAAGAAUAACCCUGGGAAAGGUUCCUCCAUCAUGGCAACCACCAGCCACCACCCUGACCCUAUUUUUAGAAUCAUUUGAGUCAGUAUUUCAAAACAGAAACAAAUUUUAAUUUUACAAAAUGGGGUCUCUUACAGCAUCAUUCAAUAGUUUUUCCUAAACGUAAUUUCUGCGUGGGUAGAAAAUAGUUCAAAUCUGUGCUGUA